AUGACGGCCAUGCUGACCUCAGAGGAUGGAUGGUGCGCAGUCAGCAACUAUGAAGCAGACAUUCUCAAGAAAGAGGUACUAGAAGCACUCCAGAAGGAAAUUGGCGAAGAUAACAUCAUAGAAGACUCUACGAUAAGAUCUCUGCGAAAGACGUACGGUAAUACGCAGAUUGCAGUGAGACGGGUACCAGCUCAGAUAGCGGCUAAGAUCACUAAGCUACAGAAGAUCAAAAUAGGAUAUGUUAACUGUAGGAUCCGGGUAGCUAACCGCAAAAACGAGCUGCUUCCGUGUUAUAAAUGUCUAGGUUUCGGCCAUAUCGGCAUAAACUGCACAGUAAAUAAAGAUAGAAGAAUCGACAUAGCCAUCGUCUGCGAACAAUACAAAGACCUGGACAAACCAUCAAGAUAUGGACAGUACUGGUAA